AUGGCGCUCCCGGAACUGCUCUCGCGCCUGCGCCUCGCACCUCUCCACCAUCACCUGCGCCGCUCUCUCUCCGCCGUGGCCCCUCUGCCCCACGAGCCGCCCCCUCCCCAUCCCGCCCCACCGCCACAGCCGGCCUCCAAUAAGCACAAGCUAUUCGUCGCCGGGCUCUCGUGGUCCGCGGACGAGCGGUCGCUGACGGACGCCUUCUCCUCCUUCGGCACCGUCACCGAAGAUGGUACGCGUGGUAGGUGCUCGACGAAACGGCUCCCAGGCCCUCCUGGACGACCCGGUUCCGCCCAGCCUCGCGAACUGUUCGACAGAAUGCCUGUUAGGGACGUCGUCGCCUGCUCGGCGGCAAUCUACCGGAGUGCGAGGGCCGGGUCGUUCGACGAGGCCGUUGGGCUGUUUGUCGGCAUGGUGAGGGCAGGAGUGUGCCCAAACUCGUUCACCUUGGUCGGUGCAUCGCUCGCCGCGGCCGGGCUGGGUGACGCGGUGCUCACCGAGUGCAUCCAUGGGUGGGUUGUCAAGCUUCGGUUGGACUCCAAUCCUUUUGUCCGAACCGCGUUGCUUGAUUCAUAUGCGAAGUGCGGCUGCCCCAUCAAGGCACGUGCUUUGUUUGGUGAAAUGAGGGAUCCAGGUAUAGUUACCUGGAAUGCGAUGAUCUCCGGGUUAGUGCAUAAUGAUUUGUUCGAGGAGGCAGUUCUGGUGUUUAAAAGGUUGCUUCAUUCGUUGGGGCCAAUUGAUAAUGUUGUGACUAUGAUAAGCACUGCUCAAGCUUGUGCUGGUUGUGGUGAUGUUGGACUGUGUGGGACUGCACAUGCUUACACGGUCAAGAUGGGGCUUGAUUUGGAUGUAUCAGUGACAAACUCGAUACUGGGCAUGUACUUGGGUUAUGCUAGUCUUGAGAUUGGAAGAGAGAUUUUCAGGAAGAUUCCUGUCAACAAUGUUGUUAGUUGGACGAUGAUGAUGGGUUUCCUUCUUGAGAAAGGGCAUGCCGGUGAAGUUAUACAUAUGUUUGUCAAGAUGAGGUCAAAUGGUAUAGUUCCUGACAUGGUAGCAAUGGUUGGUUUGGUGCAAGCUUGUGCACUUAUGGGUGAUGGAAGCAGAGGAAAGUUGGUUCAUAACCAGAUUGUAAUCCGUGGGUUUAGUAGAGAGCUUCCUGUAGUGAAUUCCUUAAUCACAAUGUAUUCCAAAUGUAAGGAUUUAAGCUCUGCAAAGAAGUUGUUUGAUGGAAGAAGAGAUAAGAGCUUGGUCUCAUGGACUGCAAUGGUGGCGGCGUGUGUAGAAAAUGGAGAUGUGCUAGAAGGAUUGGAUCUCUUUGCUAAGAUGAGGCAUGGAGGCUUGUUUGCGAUUGAUUAUGUAACGUUAGUCACCUUAUUGCUUGCCUGUUAUGUGAUUGCUAAGUUUGACCUGUGUGUUCAGCUUCAUGGGUAUAGCUACAAGUCAGGUUUGUCUUUGUACAGACCUGUUCUUAACACCCUUAUGGCAGUUUAUGGUAAGUGUGGAUAUGUGGCUCUAGCCCAAAAAUUGUUUGAUGAGAUGAUUUGUCGAGAUACUGUCUCGUGGAAUACUAUGAUAUUAUCCUUUGGUAUAAAUGGCCAAGGAGAGGAAGCAAUAACACUUUUUAAUGAGAUGGAGAAAUCUAGCGAGGGCCGAGACAGUGUAACAUACUUGAACACAUUGCUAGCAUGCAGCCAUUCUGGCCUGGUGGAUGAUGGGUUGAUCAUCUUUAGAAGAAUGAUAAACGAUAAGGGCAUAAAUCCAUGUCAGGAGCACAUUGGAUGCAUAGUGGAUAUGUUAGCAAGAGCUGGCCGCUUGGACGAAGCAGCAGGAGUGGCUAGCUUGACUGACAAUAAAUUGGGACUAAAUGCUUGGAAAGCCCUUAUGGGAGGGGGUCAUUUGCACAGUGACAUGAAGUUCACUAAUGUUGCUGCGGAGAAGGUGCUUACAGUGGAAUCAUUUGAUUAUGGACACGUGUUGUUACUUUCUAACACUUAUGCAUCACUUGGGAAAUUCAGUGCUGCUGAAUCUGUCAGAUCCUGUUAUACAAAACAGAUCGCAAAGAAAACUCUGGGGCUUAGUUCAAUUUAG